AUGUUCUCUGGAAGUCAAAUUUUUAUGGCCAUCUUUGUCUUUCUCUUUGUCUGGAUUUCUCUGAUAUACCUGAACAUCCAGAGGGCCCGAAGGAAACUGCCUCCAGGACCAAUACCUCUCCCUUUAAUUGGCAAUCUGGCAACACUGGACUUCCAAAUUCAUCAUGAAACACUCUUAAAGGUGGCCAGGAGGUACGGAAAUAUAUCCACACUGUGGCUGGGAAGAACACCAGUGAUUGUGCUGAACGGAUUCCAAGCAGUGAAGGAUGCCUUGAUUGGUCAUGCUGAAGAAUUUGCUGAGAGACCUAUAACACCCUUCUUUAGGGAUGUCGUGGGAGGCCCCUACGGCAUCAUCUUUUCCAAUGGGCACACCUGGAAACAGCAGAGACGGUUCAGCCUGAUGACUCUGCGGAACCUGGGUCUAGGCAAGAAAAGCCUGGAAGCCUGGAUCCAGGAGGAAGCCAACUGCCUUGUCAAGGUCUUUGCCAGACAAAAAGGCAGACCUAUGGAUCCCUCUCUCCCCAUCCUUUCUUCCGUUAACAACGUGAUUGCUGGUGUGCUUUUUGGACAUUGCUUCUCUAGAGAGGCUGAUGCGUUCCAGAGGCUGCUCAAAGGCUCCCAGGCCAUGGCAGAAUUCCAAGGCACCUUCUGGCCUCGACUCUAUGAUACUUUUCCAUCAUUGUUGAAGUUCUUAAGCCCUGUGUUAAUGAAAUCGCUGGUGGCAUUAAAACACUUGCAGGAUCUACGUACAGUUAUUAAGGAUGAGAUCAGGAACCACCAGAAGAGCUGGGUGCCUGGAGAGCCACGAGAUUUCAUUGAUGCAUACCUAGCUCAGAUGUUAAAGGCAAAGGAUGAUCCAGCUUCUACGUUUAAAGAGACCAACAUGGUGCAAGUGAUCACGGAUCUCUUCAUAGCAGGUUCAGACACCACCACUAUCACCUUAUGCUGGGCUCUCCUCUACAUGAUGAUUUAUCCAGAAGUACAAGAACGAGUCCAAGAAGAAUUGGAUGCUAUCAUUGGUCCAUCUCGUGCAAUUGAAUAUAAAGACCGAGUGAUCCUACCAUACACAAAUGCAGUUCUGCAUGAGAUUCUGCGUUAUAGUAGCAUAAGUGCUGUGGGGGUUAUGCGCAAGUGCACCCAGGAUACCAUUCUACAAGGCUUCUCUAUCACUAAGGGCACUUUAAUUUUCCCCAACAUAUUUUCUGUCCUGUAUGACAAAGAGCAAUGGGUGACUCCUUGGAAGUUUAACCCUGGUCAUUUCCUGGACAAGGAUGGAAACUUUGUGAACAGAGAAGCCUUUAUGCUGUUUUCCGCAGGCCACCGGGUGUGUUUGGGGGAAGGGCUGGCCAGGAUGAACCUCUUCAUCAACUUCGCCAGCCUGCUGCGGGCGUUCACCUUCCGACUGCCAGCGGGAGUGAAGGAAGCUGAUGACUGGCCCAUUGUGGGGUUCAUCCUCCAGCCGCACCCGUACAAGACCUGCGCCAUCCCUCGCCAGACGCUGGCGGUGGAGGAAGGGGGGGACGCAGGCCGCACGGCUGAGGGUCAUCCUGUGGCUGCAGGAGCUACCCGGGAGUUUGAGGUGUUGAAUAGCCACCGUUUAUUACCUGAGAGAAGCAAACAACACAAAUAA